ACGGAUUCGUUCUACCCACAUACCACCUCACUGGAUCGAGAUCUCGAAAAUGGAACGGAGCUCCAGUGGAAUCUGGUUUACUCUAUUCAUCUCAAUCGUCUUCCUCAUCUCAUCUUCUGAAUCAUUCUAUCUCCCCGGCGUUGCGCCCCGUGAUUUUCAAAGGGGUGAUCCUCUUCAAGUUAAAGUCAACAAGCUUUCUUCUACAAAAACACAACUUCCUUAUGAGUACUAUUACUUGAAUUACUGUAAACCUAAGCAUGUUGAAAACAGUGCUGAAAAUUUGGGGGAGGUGCUAAGAGGUGACCGCAUUGAGAAUUCAGUCUACACGUUUCUUAUGAGAGAGGAACAACCAUGCAAAGUUGGUUGCAGAGUAAAGCUUGAUGCUGAAACUUCAAAGAAAUUCAAAGAAAAAAUUGACGAUGAGUACCGAGUUAACAUGAUUUUGGAUAAUCUCCCAGUUGCUGUUCUUAGACAAAGACGUGAUGGUGUUCAAUCAACUACUUAUGAACACGGUUUUCGUGUUGGUUUUAAGGGAAACUAUGCUGGGAGCAAAGAGGAAAAAUAUUUUAUCAAUAAUCAUUUGAGCUUUAGAGUCAUGUUUCACAAGGAUCUUGAGACUGAUUCUGCUCGAAUUGUUGGGUUUGAAGUUACUCCAAACAGUAUCAACCAUGAAUACAAAGAUUGGGAUGAAAAGAACCCUCAAUUGUCGACAUGCAACCAAAACACAAAAAAUAUAAUUCAAGGAAGCACUGUACCUCAAGAAGUUGAUACAGAUAAGGAGGUCGUAUUUACAUAUGAUGUUACUUUCAAGGAAAGCGAGAUCAAAUGGGCAUCACGAUGGGACACCUACCUCCUCAUGAACGACGACCAAAUCCACUGGUUCUCAAUCAUCAACUCCCUAAUGAUUGUCCUCUUCCUCUCUGGAAUGGUAGCCAUGAUCAUGAUGCGAACACUCUACCGCGACAUUGCAAACUACAACCAACUCGACAACCAAGACGAAGCCCAAGAAGAAACUGGAUGGAAACUCGUCCACGGUGACGUAUUCCGACCUCCACUCUAUUCCGGCCUCCUCUCCGUCUACGUCGGAACCGGCGUCCAACUCUUCGGAAUGACACUCGUCACCAUGAUCUUUGCCUCCCUCGGAUUCCUCUCCCCCUCCAACCGCGGUGGCCUAAUGACCGCCAUGGUCCUCUUAUGGGUCUUCAUGGGACUCUUCGGCGGUUACACCUCCGCAAGAAUCUACAAAAUGUUCAAAGGCACCGAAUGGAAAAAAAACACUCUAAAAACCUCCUUCAUGUUCCCCGGUAUUCUAUUCGCAAUAUUCUUCGUCCUCAACGCGCUAAUCUGGGGCGAAAAAUCAUCCGGUGCAGUCCCUUUCGGAACCAUGAUCGCGCUCGUGUGCUUAUGGUUCGGGAUUUCCGUCCCGUUGGUAUUCGUCGGGAGUUACUUGGGCUUCAAGAAACCCGCAAUGGAAGACCCGGUCAAAACAAACAAAAUCCCAAGACAAGUCCCAGAGCAAGCUUGGUACAUGAAACCAGUGUUUUCAAUCCUCAUCGGUGGGAUUUUGCCAUUUGGAGCGGUUUUCAUCGAGCUGUUUUUCAUCUUGACUUCGAUUUGGUUGAACCAGUUUUACUACAUAUUUGGGUUUUUGUUCAUUGUGUUUGUGAUAUUGAUAGUGACAUGUGCGGAGAUAACAGUGGUGCUGUGUUACUUCCAGUUGUGCAGUGAGGAUUAUCAUUGGUGGUGGAGGGCGUACUUGACGGCUGGUUCGUCUGCCUUGUACCUUUUCCUUUACUCCAUCUUUUAUUACUUCACUAAGCUGGAAAUCACAAAGCUUGUUUCGGGGAUUUUGUACUUUGGGUACAUGUUGAUUGCUUCGUAUGCAUUCUUUGUGUUGACUGGGACGAUUGGGUUUUACGCGUGUCUCUGGUUUGUGCGCAAGAUCUACUCCUCUGUGAAGAUAGAUUGAUGAAUGUUAUGAUAUAAACAAGAAAUAGGAACGGAAAUAUGGAAUGAAAUGGGAAAAAAGAUAGAAAGAAGUGUAGAGAUGAGUUGGGUUAUCAGUUAUGCUUGAAUUGAGAAUACACGGUGAAUGAAGAAAAAAUGUGUACUGUUUUAGAAAAUUUUCGAGCCCGUAAAAGGACUUGUAUGAUUGGCUAGUCUUAUUAUUUUUUUUUGGUUGUUUUUGUUUUGAAUAUUUGUUGUAUCUUAUUAUAUGAAUUCAUCUGAUAGCAUUGUUGUGUUGUUAGUUUUCUUUACUUAAAAGUAGAAUUGUAUUGGGAAAUGCGAAGCUUUAAACUUAAAUGCAUAAACCUUAUUUUGUUGUA